UCAAGAUUCUGAACAGGAAGUUCCUCCGAGGCUCCGACUCUGCGCCUGAGGGAUCAGAUCAGCGAGGGAGGGUAAGAGGAGCAAAAUGAGUGCAGUAGGGUUUCAGCAACUGCAUAACGUCUUCGUUUAUGGAAGUCUCAUGGCGGAGGACGUUGUUCGGGUUCUCUUAAAGCGCGUUCCUCAGUCCUCUCUGGCUAUCCCUGGUCCGUCUCUCUCUGUUUGUGUUCUGGAUAACAUAAUGGCAUUCAAUGCUUCUCUUGGGGCCACUGAAGUCGACGACAGUGAAAUUUUGGUCCUCUUGGGCGUUUCAGAUCCUGAGUUGUAUAUCUUGGACGAAUUUGAGGAUGUUGAAUAUGAAAAGAGCACUGUUGAGGUUUCUUUGAACGAGGGUACAGAAGUUACAAACACGUACUUAUAUUUGGAGCAAUAAAAAUGAUCCAACUUGCAUGGAGAUUUGGGAUUUUGAGGUAACUUAACUUGGUAACCACUUCUAUUGAUCUCUUCAACUUUAUUAAGAGCUGCUACACCCUUUGGUUUGGGCCUUUGGGGUGGGGAAAAGAGGCUGAGCCCAAGUUCCCCAUCCCACACAACCUCCAGCAACUUCUUCUUUUCUUCAUUUCAUCUUCUUUGAAGUUUUGAAACUAGCUUUGCGUUAAACAUGAGAUGAAUUGUGCAUCAGCAAGGUUUGACACAUUUUGCUUUGGUUGGUUUUUCUUACACUUUCUCCUUUGAAUGCGUAGCCAAAGGAAUGGAAAUCAGUGCACAUGGACGAUUUUAUCAAGAUGACCAAUGUUUUGUGGAAGAGCUGGAGCUGCCUGAUUCAUAGCCAAGAGUGGCUGUGUGCAAAUCCUUGUAUUGGGAAGAUUGUCGCCAUGAUUCCCCCAUCUCGUAGAUGUUUUCUGUGACUAUUUUGUAGCGCUGUAUGCUCUGGUCGAGGACUCGUGGUGUAAGUGCUGUGAUUGCAGGUCUUAAACAAAAGAUGCCAUACAUUGCCAUGUUUUUUCAUGAUAUGAUAAUUGCAGUCGAAAUAGAAAAUUUUAAAAGCACAAA